AUGAAUAUAUUAUUUCGUAAAAAUACGUCAAAUAAUAAUGAAUUAAAUUCGACUAAAGAUGAUUCAUUUGUACUUCAAUCAUCAAAAGAAACAAAAACUAAUGAAGAUAAUGAUGAUGAUGAUAUACUUAUUUCAACAUCAAAUAAUAAUGAUAAACAAAUUAAAAAUACAACUUUAUUAACACAAACUGUUCAACAACUUUUUGGAAAAACAUCUUCUUCAACUUCUUCAUCUUCUUCUUCAUCUUCAUCUACAACGAAAACAAAUUAUAUUGAUGAUAAAAUUCUUCAAGAUGAAAAUAAUACUGAUGAUCAACUUAUUGAUUUGAAUUAA